CAGGGGGAGGCCAGGCUGGGUGCAGCCUCGGAUCUGACUUCUCUCUAAUGUCUAAUGCCCAGGACUUCAAGCCUGGCCGGGGUCAAGGGCGGAGUCGGAGCUUAAGCUGUUUAGACCUUCCAGGGUCUUGGACCGGCAUUCCGGGAGGGAGUCGUACCACAGAGACGGCAGCCUAGAGCGGCCACUCCCGCCCCCAUUCCCCUCCACUCCGCCCCGCCGCCUCUAUCCCGGAAGUUGCUGCUAGGCGCUCGAAAGCGAGCACCUCAUCUCAGAGAUCUGGAGCGGCCGCGCUUGCGGAGCUGUCACCAUGCCUCUGGCUAGAGAUCUAUUACACCCUUCCUUGGAAGAGGAAAAGAAAAAACAUAAGAAGAAACGGCUGGUUCAGAGCCCAAAUUCUUACUUCAUGGAUGUGAAAUGUCCAGGUUGCUACAAGAUUACUACAGUUUUCAGCCAUGCUCAGACAGUGGUUCUUUGUGUGGGUUGUUCAACCGUGCUGUGCCAGCCCACAGGAGGGAAAGCCAGGCUCACAGAAGGUAUAUCGUUUGUCACGUUUAAACCCAGUAAUGAGAUUUUACAUGUUUUAUUGUGGGCUCUUUAAAAAGUCCCUAGUUCAGCCUAGGGAGAUGGCUCCCAAGUCAAGAGCACUGGUUCCUCUUUGAAAGGACUUGGAUUCAGUUCCCUGUACCUGAGCUGGGAGAUGGCUCAGUGGUUAUGAGCACUGACUAUUCUUCCAGAGGCCCUGAGUUUAAAUUCCAGAAACCACAUGGCUCAAUUCCUUGCACCCACAUGGCAGUUCACAACUGUCUCUAAUUCUGGUUCCAGCAGAUUCAACACCCUCACAUAGACAUAUAUUUAAUACACAUGAAAUAAAAAUACAUUUAAAAAUAAUACAUUUUAAAAUGUAUAUUAAUAAUAAAAAGAAUCCCCAUUUCAAAUGGCUAAGUUUAUACUUGUGAUACUGCCAUUAUUUUUUCUAACUUUAGAAUACUUAAAAUCUUAUAGAUUUAUCAAUGUUUAACUUGGAAUAAAAUAAAAAUAAGUCAGAAUGGAAGCAAAUAGUACUGCCUACACAACAACACAGGGUUUUUUUUAACCAUGAGAUUUCUUUUUUAAUAUUUUGUUUCUUAUGUAUUUGGUGCAUAAAAGGUUUUUUUAAAUCAUUGCCAGUUAAUGAACAAAUAUCUCAGUUGUAUCGAUUAAAAUGCCUCGCAUUUUAUUUUAUGGAUAACUAUUUAAUUUAAAAUUCAAAUUAACAUUAUUAAUUCUUAAUAACAUAAUUGUGUAUGUAGUUUUUCAUAAUACAUUCAUAUUUAUAACUCCAUAAUACUGGAAAUUUGCGUAUGUUUUGGCGAAAAUCCAAGAUCAAUUUGGUGUGACUAGGUAAGAUCAGAGUCCAAAGUCAACAUAAGAAUUGGGGGUGUAGUGGCACGGGCCUUUAACCUCACUGUUCAAGGUAGACGCAGGUAGAUCUGAGUUCAAAGCCAGCCUGGUCUAUGUAGUGACUUACAGGACAGCCAGGGCUGCACAGAGAAACCCUCUCCCUCUCUUUCUCUCCCACAUAUACAUUCCACAUUUCCGCAUACAGAAACGUGACACAUGAGAGCAAUGCUGUAGUUAAUGUGCACUUGGAGUGUUGCUGGGACUUGUUCUCAUGCCAUGCCAUUGGAAGCUUGUGUGCAUAUGCUAGCAGAUAGUCUCCGUGGCAGAGUUCAAACAUCUGAGAACUCUAGACAAAGUUACUGUUUUGGGAGACUGAAGAGGAAAGAGACUGAGGAAUUAGGGAAUAAGAAUCUCCAAAACAGUUUGAACUGUUGAGUUUAGUUUAUGGUCUUAGGUAGACUCCAUGGUAUAAUUUGAAAACAGUGAUCAUUGUGUUUAUGUCAGAAUAAACCCAUACAACAGUUACUACAGCAAAUUUAUAUCAAUCAUAAUACGCAGAAACUUGUUUUCUAUUUAAAAUCUAACAUUCCUGCAUCUAAUCUAAGAUUUCUAAAACUUUAUUUAUAAAGUACUUUUUGCCACUAAAUCACGCCAUGGAUAAAGCGUAAGAUGUUUAAUGCGCUCUCCUGAUUCCUUUGCAGGCUGUUCAUUUAGAAGAAAGCAACACUAAUCAUCUAUACAAGUUCCUGAAUUCGUGUUUUUCACAGAAAGCCUUAUCAACUUUAGUUACUCUACCAAGACAAUGUAAUUAUUGUUUGAUUUUAUAAAGUCUACAACAAUGAUCUCCUAUUUUGGUGUCAGUUUUUCAAUAAAGUUUUACUUAUGAACAA